AUGGUCCCUGAGGGUGUAGAAUGGAGCAAGCUGCCAGCCCAGACCCUGCUGCUGCCAGCCCAUCCGGCGAACGUUGCGGCGAGGGUCGCUUCGCCGCGCUUGGAGCGCGCGCUCGCCCUCAAGCGCGAGGCUGAGGCGCCGCGGCGCGACCAGUACGUCAAGGGCGCCAUGGACUGGGAGCGGAACGCGUGGAAGGUGUGGGACCAGAAGAAGGAGGCGGAGGAGAAGCGGCGCGAUCGGUACGGCCGCGCCCUCACCCACUACAUCGGCGGCAACAAGAUCGUCGUGCGCGAGGAGCCGCCCUCGCUGACGCAGUGCGCCCACUGUGACUUGGGCGGCGGUGUCCACUCGCUCCGCCGCUGCAUGGGGUGCUUCGCGGUGGCCUACUGCUGCAAGCUGCACCAGAAGGUGCACUGGCAGUGGCACAAGCACAUCUGCUUCGCGAUCCGCGCCGCCAACAACCUCGAGGCAAAGAAGGGCGAGGGCGCCGGCUGGGUGAAGCUGCGGCCGCGCCGCUGGCGGCGGCCUCCGAUCGAGAAGGGCGCGGUGGUGGAGACCAACUGCCGGAUGCGGUGGGCGAACUGGAAGCAGUUCUACACCAACGGCGCGAUGCCCAUGCUCAACAUGAUGGGCGACGGCGGCCCGCUCGUCUGCCGCGCGUGGGACGAGGCGGCCACGCUGCAGCGCCGCCCGCGCCGCCCCUGCUUCUGCGCCGGCCGCCCCGCCCCUCGCUGGCGCGUGUGA